AGGCGUUUGCUAUGGAGGGUGGCGGUUCCGUGUCCAACGUGGAGGUGUGCAAUUUGGCCUACGCAGGGCAGCUGGACGAGCUGAAGGAGCGCCUGGCUGCCAACCGGGGCCUGGCGUCGCGCGCCGAUCAGGAUAACAGGACAGCCCUUCAUUGGGCCUGUUCAGCUGGACACACAGACAUUGUUGACCUCUUGCUAGGUCUGGGAGUCUCUGUUAAUGACAAAGAUGAUACUGGCUGGACUCCACUGCAUAUUGCAGCAUCAGCUGGCCGAGAUGAAAUUGUGAAAGCUCUGAUUAAGAAAGGCGCCCAGGUGAAUGCCGUCAAUCAGAACGGCUGCACACCUCUGCAUUAUGCAGCCUCCAAAAAUAAGCAGGAGAUCGCAUUGAUGCUGCUAGAGAAUAAAGCUAAUCCAGAUGCAAAGGAUCACUUGGAAUCUACUCCACUCCACAGAGCAGCAGCCAAAGGAAAUCUGAAAAUGAUACAGAUCCUUUUGAAGCACAAAGCCUCGGUCAAUCUACAGGAUUCCGAGGGAAACACUGCUCUCCAUUUAGCCUGUGAUGAAGAGAGAGCGGAUGAGGCCAAGCUCUUGGUGUCCCAUGGAGCAAGCAUCUAUAUUGAGAACAAAGAAGAAAAGACUCCAUUGCAAAUAGCAAAAGGUGGUCUGGGUUCCAUCCUCAGGAGGCUGGUUGAAGGCUAGUUGUUGUCCAUCUGCUGGAACUCUGCUCUUGAUGAACCUCUGGAAUAUAUUGGCAGAUCUUUGGUUCCCAACUGGAAUGGCCACUUCAUCUGUUGUCCAUCCCUACAUCAUCUGUGGCCAUAUCUUCUUGUUCCUGCCACCUUGGAAAAUGAAUGUGCUGGCACCAGAAUGAGAAGAUGCCUUUCCCGAGUUGUAUUCCAUGAGGGCCUUUAAGUACCAAUGUCCUCCAGAUGGCAGUUUUCCCAAAUAAGCUUGUUUGCCACAGCAGACAGUAUUUAUCAUGUACCCCAAAGCAGCCAUUAAGUCUAAAAGUCGUCCGUUACCUUUUCUUUUUUAAAUUCAAGUGCCAGCAAGGUUGUAUGAAAUAAAACAUGAUGGAGGAAAAUCCUGGCGCUUAUUGAAUAACAGUGGAAGAGGGGUUUGCUUAGAGAGCAACUGGCCUGGAGCAUUGAGGGAAGACCGUGAGCGUAAACAGUUGGUAGAACUGCAAGCUCGCAACUUAGAAAUAGGUUUCUGUCUUCUGAAAGAAAGUGUAGUAUCACCUUGGAGUGCAGAAAGUUUACUGUCUGGGGACUGCCUAUUGCAAUGGCCUGCUUAUUAAAAUAAUGGUGUGUCUUG